GAAGACGCAUCUGUAUCUGAGAUAUAGCAAGGUAGCAAAUCAGGCUUUUCUAAGUAACAGGGCUCCUGGUCUCCGUGCCAAGUCUAAACCCAUAAAGUGUGAGGAAGCAUGCUGGGUGAGUGAACUGUUUGACAUGGAAGGAAAAGGCCCGUAUCGAAUCUACGAUCCCGGUGGGAGUGAUUGCCAAGCCAAAGAUGAGGUCAGCAGCAGCAGUUACCGUCAGUUACUGGAAGAGAACAGUGUUCUUAGGGAGCGAAUGAAAGGCCUUAAGAGCUUAGGUGACCUUUUGGAGGAAUCUCAAAACGAAGCGUCUAAACUUCGUAAGAGGGUGGAGGAGCUAGUGAGGGACAACGAGGCGCUUAAGUCCUCAGCCUCUAGCUUCUGUUCCAAUCUGUGCAUGGGCACUCCCAUCCAGACCGACACACAGAUCUCAGCUCAUGGGAAACAUCACAGUCACGCGAGUGCUGAGAGGACGGAAGCCCGAGAAUGUUCCGCUGGGAAGUCCGUACAGUCAGAACCCAAAGAAAGUUCAUCAGAGUUUGAAGUAGUGAAUAUGGAAGACAAGGGCAUCUUGGACUCGCAUUCGCAGGGGGGGGCAAUGCAUUUGCCUCAGGAGAACCUUGAGUUGGCCAGCCAACUUCAAAGACUGGAGAGCUCUUUCAGCGUGUUCGCAGAGGAGUCCAACCCAAACCAGCUGUUAGCCCACCUGGGCCGCAUGGCAGUGGAGUUCCACCACCUCUCAUCCAAAGUUCAGAAGAAUGAACAGAGAACCUCCCUCCUACAGACUCUCUGUGAACAGCUAAGGCAAGAAAAUAAUGAGCUCCGAAAAAAAAUGGAGGAAGAUCUCCAGUACCGAAAUCGCGAUUUGGAACAACUGAGGCAGGAGAACCUGAAACUGAGGGAACAAGUCACGGGAGCCCGAGAAACCGCUCAGAGCGAACAGGUAGAGGUCAAAGAAGAGCCAGCAAAGGACGAAUCUGCCAAACCCAAGGUGGAGCAGACCAUGACUCAGCAGGCUGGGAAAAGCGUUGAGAAAACCCCCUCGAAGACGUGUGAUCCAGAAGUGUAUGAGAAGAAAAUCAAGCUUUUAGAGAAACAAAGGAAAGAUGUACUGGAAGUCAACAAGCAAUGGGACAUUCAGUGGAAUUCCAUGAAGACGCAAUUCGAACAGAAGAUCACAGACCUGAGGCAGAGACUCGCAGACUCCCAGAAGGCCGUGCUGGAGCUGGAGGCGGAGCGAGAGCAAAGGCAGAGAGACUACGAUAAAAAACUCCUGUUGGCGAAGUCCAAGAUCGACACUGUACAGGGGGAGAAGGAGUGUCUGACAGCAGAGAACUGUGACCUCAAGCAGAAGGUUCGCUACCUCCAGGACCAGCUGCAGCCUCUGACCAAACAGAGAGAAUACCAAGAGAAAGAGAUUCAGCGACUCAACAGGGCUCUAGAGGAGGCGUUAAAUCUCCACUCCCCGUCGGCGAACCAGCCUGGGAUGAACCUGGGUGAGGGGGUCAUGAACCUGAGACAGCAGGAGCUGCACACGCAGAUAGCAGUACUGAAGGAGCAGGUGAAGAUCUUUGAGGAGGACUUCAGAAAAGAGAGGAGCGACAGAGAGCGGAUGAAUGAAGAGAAGGAGGACCUGAGACGGCAAGUGGAGAGGCUUCAGGGUCAGAUGACCAAUUUGACCAAUCAGCUCCAUCAAGCCCAGAACGAGUGUCAGAGAGAGCGCACUGAGCGAUGUAAACUGGAGAGACUGCAGAUGCACCAUAAACAGGAGGGGCAACAGGAGAGACGUACCUCUGACCCCACCUCAGGCUCGGCCAAUGGCCCAAUGAGCCCACCGUACUGUGGCCCGUUUGUGCAAGUGGGUCACCAGGGCCUGGAUGGAUGGCCUAUCCAUCUUCCUCCCAGGAUGCCUAACUUCAGUACGGCCCCAGGCAGAGACUUCCCGCCCGUCACCCCAGGCUUUCCCUGGCAGUCAUCAUUUCCUCAGCCACGCGGUUCCAGAGGACAAGCUGACGCAGCGCGAGCGCCUCCAGAGAGCGCAGAUCCCGGAGCGGCUGGUUUUGGAAAAAGGGAUCGUCAGAAUAUGGACCCUGGAAAGCACUAAAAGCAUUGCCUUUCCCAUCGAUUGGCUCCUGGCUAGUAGCAUGAUGCAGUUUUCUGUUUCAGUUGGCAUGGUGUGAUUUUUUCGACUAUCAUUUUCCUACUGUAUAGUUAUAUAUUGAAAUGUUGUUUAUAUACUUAAGUUUUAUAUGCAUAUUUGUGAAACACUGUUUUGGCAAUUAAGAAUAUAUACAUAUAUUGUUUUACCUUUUUAUUAUUAUUGUUGAAGUUGAAACUAUCUGCUUUAUAUAAUUCUAUGCAGGAAUUGAAGUCAUUUAUUUACCGGAUUAACGGAUCAAACAGUUUCAAGACAACUGAUCAAUGUUCAAUGCAUCAACUCAUUAUUAAAAGGAUUUUGAGGUUGUUGAGGUGGAUGUAAUACAGUGAAGGGAAGUGUAUUGUUUUGAUACUCAAAAGACAAAUGUUUUGGUAAACAUAGGCAUAAACAGGGUUGUUUUCUGACAUCUUAGCAUUUGACUUUAAUGCAGUUCUCCUAUUGCUGUAAAUAGCAGAUGUGCCACAAGUUAAGUGUCCAUGUCAGAAUGCAGCCUGUAGACGUCGUGUGAUUCUACAGGUAAUCGCCUUGGGGGGGGAAAAAAAAAAAAAAAAAAG